GGCAUGCGCUUGUUUAGGCGGCUGCAGCUUGUCUCUGACCUCAUCACCUCACACGCCGCUGCUCGUGCGCUGCUGUCGACAAUGAAAUUAAAUAUCAACAAUUAUUACUAAAAUUAUUUUUCAAAUUGCAACAAGAUAUAAUCGCUAAAUAAUUGACAUUAUCACCAAUUGUCUACCUAGACGCUGUACAUUCCCGACCAUAGUCCUUCUCCGACGCGACGCCGAGAAACGGCCAUUAAAUCACUCCCAUUUUUCAUACAUGUUUACCAAUUUUACACUUAGACGGCAUGGCUCAACAGCCACCAUGAGGCGGUUCUCAACCGCCAUUACGAUUACUGACCCUCUGGUUAAAUACCAGAGCAUGGUUGCAACCGGUAUUCUCUCACCGGAUCCCGCUCAGCAUCGACUAGCUCUUCAUCUUCGUGCUCUUUAUAGCCGCAUCAAAGAUUACUCCCCACAUCAUAACUACAGCCAGCGCAUUCGGCAAACCCACGCCUUAAUCGAGCCUGAGCAAUCAACCGAGGAUUCGGGGGGGAAUAUACUUGCUGUUAGAACACACAGUAUAUGGCGCAACCCAUUUUUCAAGCAUCUACUGUCUACCCCAGAAGGACAGAAUAGCUUGGCUCUUACCAGAGUUCUCGCUAACUAUGAGGAGGCGAUUAAUAUCGAUUCUCCAAAGGGCCUAUUCCUCUCUGGUGAAGUCGGCACAGGAAAGUCCAUGUUGCUUGAUUUACUGGCUGACGGCCUACCCACACACCGAAAACGACGAUGGCACUUCAAUACGUUCAUGUUGCACACAAUGGCACAACUAGAAUCAUACCGAAAUAUGACUUCAGCUUCCCGGGGUACCAGGCCAGAACACUCGCUGCUCUGGAUGGCCAAGAGGCUCGUGGAUGAGUCUCCAGUUCUAUUUCUGGAUGAGUUUCAGCUGCCCGAUCGAGCUACCAGCAAAAUUCUUAGCCAUUUAUUUAUAGCCUAUUUUCAAAUGGGUGGUGUUUUGAUUGCUUCGUCAAAUCGCAUGCCAGAGGACUUGGAAAAAGCAACUGGUGUUGAUUAUUCAACAGAACCUAAAUACGGCAUGAUUCAAAGACUAUUUGGAAACAAAUCAAAAGACGAACUAUACGGUGGAGGUAGUGAUUUCUCAAAGCUCCUCGAGGUAUUAAAGGCUCGAUGCGACUUUUGGCAAAUGGAAGGCGGCCAAGACUGGCGACGCAGAGAGCAACUAGAGCUAAAUUUGGCCAAUGAUAAAGCUUCGGCAACGGAUGAGAGCGGCAAUAUCGGUGGAGAGGCCGAGUCAGAGGAAUCGAAACCGACAAACACACCACACGCCUAUGUUCUCACAUCCACUGAGAGCAGCGAUGAUCUAUUCCUCGAGCACACAAAAGUAGCAGCAUCGUGGGCUAACAGCGAACCGAUUCCUUGGCAGCCAAAAUAUCUUGUUGUUUAUGGGCGGCAAGUCAAUAUCCCUAAGCAUUUCGACGGCGUCGUCACAUGGGACUUUGAAGACCUAGUCCAAUCAUUUGGCCCCGCAGACUAUAUUACCAUGGCAUCCUCGUUUCAUACGUUUGCCAUAGACAAUGUGCCGGUUCUUACAAUUCUCCAGAAGAACGAAGCACGACGAUUUAUCACAUUCCUUGAUGCCAUCUAUGAGUCUCGAUGCAAGCUAGUCAUACGCGCGAGAAGCCCUCCUGACACGCUGUUCUUUCCUUCCACAAAAGCAAGUAACCCUGGCAAAGAAGGUGAUAAAGUAGGAGAUGAUGCGACGUAUUCUGAGACUAUAUCUGAAGUAUACCAAGACCAAAUGUCUCCCUUCCGCCCCAACAUAUCAUACUACGACACACCGAGCUCAACAUCCACGUACGACCCAGAUCAAGACUCCGACUUUGGGCUCCAGAAGCGACCAGUAGACUUUAGCAACACUAGCGCCUUCACUGGUGAAGACGAACGAUUUGCAUACAAACGAGCUGCAUCACGGCUCUGGGAGAUGUGCGGUGCUCGGUGGCAUGCACGAGAGGGCAAUUGGUGGCAGCCGCUGCCCCCAGAGGCAAGACACUGGGAAGGCGGCCAAGCGUCCAUACCUUUAAACUCCAAGCCCUUUACUAAACAAUCAACGACUGGAGAGAUAAUGGGUGAGGCUGUCGAUGCUGAUGGCGUCGCUGGCCUAUCCAAAUAUCACAUAGAACAUUUACGAAAGAAGAGUGGCGAAUAACCAAGCCAGUUCAAAUAUAGAGUUAGACAACGAGCCUCCGUUAAUUCUAUAGAAAAAUAGACAAGCAUGUACAUAUCCCAGCUAGAAAUGUAGUUCUUUACUCCUAUAACGCCGUGCCAUGUGUGAAACAAAACCCGCUCAGAGACUGGUGACACCCGGUGUCCAAGACUCUCCUAUCCGUCUCAUGUCCUCUGCAAAUCUUUUGCUGGUGAUUUUCUUCCCGCCACGGCCUCCUAGCGGACUAUGCUCGUCAGGGUUGUAAAAUGGGUUUUGCAGCAGCCUUACAUAUGCUGUCUGCAUCGCUCGAAAGACAGGCUUGAGCUCCGAGUCCCUCAACCCAGCACCGAGACCGCCCGUUGUGCCACCGCCUCCUGUCGCGGCCGAUGGACCCGAUCGCAGCACCGUACCGUCAAUUCGGCGGCCCCUCAUAUCUACUACGCAGACCAUGCGCACGCCGGUGUUGGUUUCGAAGCCAUAAGCGGCGAGACGAUCGUCGACAGCGUGCAGCAGUCCAAAGUCGCCCGUGACGUUGAUGCCUGUUGCAGCGGCGUGCUUGGCUCGGAGCUCGAAAACAUCAACUGUGGAGGAUAAUAGAAGCGAGAAUUCGAGGGGUGUACGGAUCGGGGUAAAGCUAUUCGUUGUUGUAUCGUGAGAGGAGAAGAUGGACAUAUGGAGCGGGUUGUUCUGAGCUUGGUCAGUUUGGUUUCGGGGCCAGUGGCCGCAGAUUAGCAGCAUGAGCUUGUACAAGCACAACUAACAUUUCUCCCGAUGACGCCUAAACAGGCUAUUGAAGGUAUCGCGGUGCUCAUUGCGUAUGUGGUUCGUC